AUGCAAAUUGAAUCGAUUCGAAUACAACUGGACAAGAAAAGACAGGACAAAACAGAAAAAGACAGGACAGGACAGGACAAGACAAGACAAGACAAGACAAGGAAGACAAGACAAGACAAGACAAGACAAGACAAGACAAGACAAGACAAGACAAGACAAGACAAGGCAAGUCAAGUCAAGUCAAGUCAAGUCAAGACAAGACAAGACAAGCGACAGGGACAGGGACAAAGACAGGGACGAGAAGAAUUGUCAAAGCUUACAGUAUUUUUGGUAUUAGUCUAG